AUGAUAUAUCUAGUCAUGCUACUGAAUUCAACACUAAAAACAAGCAACCAUAACAACAAUAAUCUAGUAGAAACUACAUGCAAGAACACACCAAACUACAACCUUUUCAUAAAAACUUUGUUGUCCAACAAGCGCAGCACCAGCGGUUACAUAACAACACUAGCACUGAUCGUGGUGGAUGCCAUCAAAGCGAAGGCGAAUCAGGUAUCAGAAAUUAUCUCAAUGCUCCGUAGUUCGAGUCCUCCAAAAGCAAGGAGAGUUUCUUUAAAGGAGUGUGCUUUGUCAUAUAAGGUAAUUUUGACAGUAAGUUUGCCUGAAGCAAUUGAAGCCUUGACUAAAAGGAACCUAAAAUUUGCUGAAGAUGGUAUGGUUGGAUGUUUUGGAGUUUCUCAGGAUUGUGAGGAGAAUUUCAAAAGAAGUAUUUCACCUCUUACUGGUUUGAACACUGCAGUACAUGAGCUUUCUGGUGUGGGCAGAGCAAUUAUUAGAAAUCUAUUAUGA